AACUAUCGACGGACCAGAAGACGCUGAAGAAUGUUUUUCGACUGUAUUGCUUGGACUUAAAAAUACAAUUAAACGUAAACCUCCUUUUAUUCAAGAAGAAAUUAAACAAGAGUACUACCGUUGGAUUAGCUCUACUGGAAUCAACGAAAAUAAUUGUCCUGAAAGAUUACAGCUUAUUUUAUUUGGAUUUAAUGAAAUAUUAGAAGAUUUGAAAAAUUGCAAGCAAACCCUUGAUCAUAAUUCUUCUGAAUAUGCAAAAGAAUUAAACAAAACUUUUGCGGCUGUUCAAGCUCCACUACGAAAUGAAAGAAAAGUAGCAGAGUCUCUCGAAGGUAAAAAGUAUAAUGAAAUUGAUAUUAAAAAUAAGUUUAACGGUAACAUAGAACAAGGUCAAGGAGUUCUUAACAAAAUUGCUAGUGCUGCUGGCAAUUUUCAUGAAAAUUUCUACUUUUUUCCGCAAGAGGAUCGAAAAGAG